UUAACGUUCUUAAGAAUAUUGAAUUAGAGAAAUUAAUAAUUUCUUAAUGAAAUACUUAAAAAAUGUUAAGGUUCCUCAAUAUUUCUUAUCAAAUAUUUAUGAUAUUAUUAUUAUUGGUGGAGGAAUAUCAGGAUUAACAUUAGCAUCAAUUUUAGGUGGAUAUUUAUAAAAAUAUAUAUAUAAAAAUGACUGAAAUGAGUCAAUAAGUGUCUAAACAUGCGGAAUUUCCAUUAAGAAUAGGUUUAAUUGAAAAAUCAGAUUUAAAAAAUAUGAAAAAAUGGGUAUUUUUUGAGUCAGAAUACUCUAAUAGAACAAGUUCUUUAAAUUUAUCAACAGUUUUGUUUUUAAAAGAAGUUGGAAUAUGGAAAUAUGUGAAAAAAGAACGAGUUCAGCCAUAUUAUGGGAUGCAAGUUUGGGAUGGUAUAACAUCGUCAAGGAUUGAUUUUUGUAUUGAAAAUUAUGAAAAAAAGCAAAAAGAAUCAAAAGCAUUAGCGUUUAUGAUAGAAAAUGUUAAUCUUCAAUCAGCAUUAUUGAAAAGAAUGAAAGAAUUCUCUAGUUUUAUUGAUAUUUUUGAUUCAGCAGAGAUAUCAUGUAUAAAAUAUGAUAAUUGUGGUAAUGAUGUUUAUGAUUUAAGUGAUUGGCCUGUUGUAAACUUAUCAAAUGGAAAAACAAUUGUAUCAAGAUUAUUGAUUGGAGCAGAUGGUUUUAAUUCAUUAGUAGGAGAAUUUUCUGGAAUUGAAUCAUUUGGAUGGGAUUAUGAUGCACAUGGUCUUGUAGCAACAUUGAAAUUGGCAGAUUUUUCAUCAGUAAAUGAAGUUAUUACUGCAUGGCAAAGGUUUUUACCUUAUGGGCCUAUUGCUAUAUUACCACUUCCUAAUAAAUAUGCAACAUUAGUAUGGUCAUGCCCUCCAGAAAUGGCAGAAUUCCUAAAAGGCCUUCCAAAAUCAACUUUUAUCUUUUUGAUAAAUGCUGCAUAUAGAUUAGACAUAACUGACUUGUCAUAUAUUCUUUCACUAAAAUCCUAUUUGGAGAUUGAAGAUCAAAUUAAAUGGCGUUUAGGAUUCUGUCAAAAGAAUGAUCCAAUUCCUCCUUUUGUAAUAGAUUUGCAAGAUAAUACAAGACAAUCAUUUCAAUUAAGAACAAGACAUUUAAAAAGUUAUGUAAAAGAAAGAAUAGCAUUAGUAGGUGAUGCAGCACAUAUUAUACAUCCAUUAUCUGGCCAAGGACUCAAUAUGAGUCUUGGUGAUGUUAGAUCUUUGUCAAGGGUUAUUUUUAAUGCUCUAUCUAUUGGUCAAGACAUUGGAACAUCUCAGGUACUUAAACAAUAUGAAUCUGAUAGGUAUUUAAAGAAUUACAUUAUGCUUGGUGUAACAGACAAACUACAUAAAUUAUAUUCUACUGAAAAUCCAUUUAUUGUUAGAUUAAGAAGCCUUGGACUAAGUAGUAUCAAUAAAUUUGACUGGAUAAAGAAAAUACUUAUAAAGAAAGUAUCAUUGGAAUUUUAGCAUAUUAAUAUCCAUUAAUCAAUAUUAUUAUUAUUAUUAUU